AUGAGGGGAAGUUUGUUAGGUUCCGUUGGGUGGGGACCUAACAGGAUUGAGAUUGACCCAGAUAAAAUAAAAGCCAUUCAAGACAUGGAACCGCCAAGAACAGAGCGUCAGUUGCUUAGGAAGAACCAGCCGGUCAGAUGGAACAAGGAUUGUCAGAAGGCCUUUAACCAUAUAAAGAAGUACUUGAUGAAUCCACCAGUGUUAAGUUGUCCUAAACCGGGAGAACCUUUGAUUCUGUACUUGUCUGUAGAGGAUGCAGGAGUUGGAGCUAUGUUGGCACAACCUGAUGCUGCUAGAGUAGAAAAGGCCAUCUAUUAUAUCAGUAAGAAAUUACUGCCUAUUGAGGAGAAGUAUAAUUUGAUAGAGAAGACAUGUAUGGCAGUGGGAAGACAUGAUGCGGAGUUGUCAAUUAAAGAAGACGGUCAAAGUCGGGUUUGUUUGGCAGAAUUCCUGGCUGAGAAUCCCAUCGUAGAUGAUGAUGAUGAACCAUGGGAACUAGAAUUUCCAGAAGAACAUUUGUUAUGUGUUGAAAAAGGGGUCUGGAAACUAUACUUUGACGGAUCAGCCAAUAGGAAUGGAGCUGGAGCUAGUAUUGUGAUAGAAGCGCCCAAUGGCGAGGUGACAAUAAUGUGCAAAAGGUUGCUGUUCCCAGUCACUAACAAUAUGGCAGAAUACGAAGCAUGUAUUAUGGGAAUCGAGUCUUUUCUUGCAACAGGCGCUAAGGAGGUUGAGGUGAUAGGAGACUCAUUGUUGGUUAUUGAACAUGCCAGUGAAAGAUGGAAAGUUGAGGAAGAUAGGCUGAAAUAG